UUUGAUUCUUUGUCUUCAGUUAAGUUUACUAGUUUUUUGUUGUUGUUUCUACUGUAUUUCUAUUAGUAAAAUGCGUUGUUCUGUCGCGUUGAUUGGGAAUCUCUUGUAAAUAUUGCAUACACACGUUCAAAAUCAAUCAGAUUUCGUCAAAAUCUUACAAAUUGUUCGAUUACUCAUUUUUGGGUUAGUUUUGUUCUGACGAAAAAUAAGUGAUUUUGCAUGCAAGUGUUGUUAAUAUUUACGCUGUUGUAGUGGUUGUUCAUUCUGCAAUCUGACAUUUCAAGCAAAACAAUGUAACAGAACCUUACAUUAUUUUGAUUGAUUUUAUAGGAAAUCAUAUUUUUUCUUGGUUUUUGUGAUUUGGAACUUUUAUGUGUCAUUUUCAACCCAAUUUGUUUAAAAUAGUUUGCAUGAAAAAUGUUUACACAAACACAAAAAUUGUGUAUUCUAAGUUGAACGUGUAUCACGCGAAGCGAAAUUUUGACAGUUGUUGCAUUCGGCUCUUCAGUCAUUUGACAGCUGCGAAGCGCAUCGGACGUGGUUUUGAAGAAUUUGUGCCGCUUUUCGACAGACUUUUGGUAGCAGCUGCCCAGCUCAGCAAUGGCCAAGUGAGCGUUUUGCGAGUGUGUUUCGAGAUUGUGCUUGAGAGUCGUGUUUAAAAUUUUGGAGGGAUGACGUCGACAAGGUUUCUGCUGAUGCUGGCAGGAUUGGCCGCGGUCCUGGCGCUGCUUCCGGCGGGGACCGCCGCGCACGGCUGGGGCUCCGACGACAUGGAGAUAUUUGAUCUGGUCGAGGAGGUCAACGAGAACUUUUACACCAUGAUGCAGAUUAAUCAGAACGCCACGAACCAGGAAAUCAAGCGAGCCUUCCGGACGUUGUCCGUGGUGCUGCACCCGGACAAGAACGACGCCGAGGACGCCAACGUCAAGUUCCGCAAUCUGGUGUCGGUGUACGAAGUGUUGAAGGACGCCGGCAAGCGGGAAAAGUACGACAAAGUGCUCAAGGAGGGUCUUCCCAACUGGAAGUCGGCGCUGUGGUACUACCGGCGCGUUCGCAAGGUCGGCCUGGCCGAGGGCGCGGCCAUCCUGCUGAUCGUUGCGACCGUGAUGCAGUACUUUAUCUCGUGGGCAGCGUACGCCGAGAAGAAGUACACGGCGGAGCAACUCUUCGGCAGCAAGUUGAAAAAGCUGCAGAAGAAGAAGCAAACGAACGUGGAUUUGGACACGAUUUUGAGUGAAAUACCCACGCCGAGCGUGUUCAACACGUUGCCGUUCCAGAUUCCGCUCGGGCUGUACCGGAUGGUGACGGGAGCGCCCGGCGCGGUCAAAUCCGCCGUUAACUUUUACGCCGAGCAGAAGAAGCUGGAGGAGGAGCGGAAGUUGAGAGAAAAAGAAGAGGAGGAACUGCUCCGCAAGCAGGAAGAGGACCGCGCCCGUGAGCGCGAGAACCGCACGCUUCGCAAGCGCAACAAAAAGUUCGUCGCCCCGGAAAAGACCGACGCCGAGCUGGCCGCGUACAACCAGAGUGCCAUCCAGCGGGGCGACGAUUCCGGUGCCACCACCGCAAAGCCCAAACCCGUGGUCAGCGGCGGGCUCUGGACCGAGGACGACCUGACCGAGCUGGUCCGGCUGGUCAAAAAGUACCCCGGCGGAACGACGGACCGGUGGGAGGUUAUUGCGGAACUGAUGGGCCGCAGCGUCACCGAAGUCACGUACAUGGCGUUCAAGAUGAAGGACGGCGGCUACAAGAUUGGCCAGCCGGAAAGUGUCGCCGAAAGCAUCAUCCAGGAGGCGGCCAAGCAAAAGGUCAAGACGAAAAAGAGCGCGGAAGUGGCGCCGGAGCUGGACGGAAAUGCCAACUGGUCCCAGGCGCAGCAGGCGGCGUUCGAGCAGGCCAUCCAGAAGUAUCCCAAGUCGGGUUCGUCCGACCGGUGGCAGAAGAUUGCCGGAAGUGUGCCCGGGAAGAGCCGGGAAGAGUGCAUGGCCCGGUACAAGUAUCUGGUGGAGUUGGUGAAGAAGCAGCGCGAGGAGAAGGAGAGGGAAGCGAAGGGGGAGGCGGAGGCGGAGUGUCCGGCGGAGGGGCAGGAAGCGGUGCCGGUGGUGGAAGAGAAGCAGGAGGGGGGUAAGGCUGGAGCCAAGGGGAAGAAGAAGGGAAAGCAGCAGCAGCAGGUGGAUGAUAAUGGAGCUGAGGAGGACCACCAGGAUGGUGAUAAAGAGAGCUGCGAAUCAGCUGAUAAACCAGCGUCUGCGGUGGCAGGUGGCAAGACCAAGAACAAGCGGCGGGAACGCAAGAAGCAGAUUGAGUACUACAGCUACGACGAUUCGGACGACAAUGGCGGUGACGACGAUGCUUGAGCGUUAGUCGGUGACCAACGGGCGCGCGCAUUGACCAUCCGUGAAACCUCGUGUUCAACCCAACUAUAAGAAGAAGAAGACUUACUUACUUUAAAAAGAGCAUUUCCGUGUACUUGUGUGUAAAAAGAAAGAAAAAACGAUGCACUUUAGCUUUGGGACUUAUGAGGGAGAAGGUCGUCGUGUAAGUAGAGACUGUAAUCUGUGAAAUAAACGAGAAUUGUUGCACAAAAAUAAAAAUAAAGAAGAAGAAGACGAAGAAGUGUUCGAAACCGGA